AUGGAAUCGACCAACUUUCAGGCGGCGAACAUUGAGAAUACUUCGUGCCAGGAACGCUCAGAAAACGCUCACCAACUAACAAUUCCAACCAUCAGCGAACAAGAGCAAGUGAGUUUUACUUCGGAGAAGCGGCAAAAAUAUGAGGAUGAAUGUCAUGAGGCAUUCCAUCUCAACCCCAACCGAACAAAAGCAGACAUCACAGUUACCAUUGAAGGUACCCUAGUUCAAGUUUGUAUUGAUUCUGGUGCAACAGUGAACACCAUUGACUAUGCAACAUAUGAGGCGAUCAGUGCCGCAAAAACAGUGCCUUUAAAACCAAUCAAUGUGGAACAUGGAGAAGACAACCCUGCCCCGAACCCCCUCGCUGGGUUUUUUUUCGGAAUGAUCAAUACACCUUCAGGGCAGAUGGACCUGACAAAGUUCCUGGUACUCAAAGCACGGAAUGCUGGCUGUCUCCUGAGUCGCGAAACCUCAACCCGGUUAGGAAUGUUGCAUGUCGCAGCCUUUACAAAUUCUGAACAUUCAUCUGCCCACGGUGAAAACCAGUACCUUUUACAGAAGUUCCCAGCAGUGUUCAGUGGCAAAAUCGGGAAACUAAAAACUUACCAACUUGAGCUCAACAUUGACUCAACUGUACAACCGGGGGUACAAAAUUCUCGUCCUACACCCUUACACUGCCGUGCCAAGGUGGAAGCCAAGCUGAAACAGCUUGAAGAUCAAGAUAUCAAAGAACAAGUUACGGGCCCGACAUUAUGGGUGUCACCGCUUGUCAUUGUCGACAAGUCGAAUGGUGACAUACGACUGUAUUUAAACAUGUGCAAGCCCAACGAAGCUCUCUGCCGUACAUACCACCCAUACCCCACAUCCGAAGAAAUUUUCCAAGCCCUAAACGGCUCCAAGUUCUUUUCCAAAUUGAUCCUAAGUUUCGCUAUCACCAAAUGGAACUUGCUGAAUUGUCUCGUCACCUGA